CUUUAAAUAUGGCCUUGGAGAGACUUCUAACUGGAUCCCCGGAUAUGCGGACAGAUAGAUGUGGAGAGGUGGAGGUUUGCGGGACAGGAUGUUCUUUGUUCGUAUUCGAUAACACUGCCGAGUAGAUAAGUAUCUAGAAGGUAAGUGGACUUUUAACACCGUGAUGGGGAUACAGGCCUGCUAUCAGGCCAUAUACGAUUGUUUAUCGAUUGACAUUGCCUGUAUCUUCUUUGUCUGCUUGAUCAUUCACCUCGGGUAGGUAACACUUCCGUUAGAAGAUAGGGUGUAGAGUCAAGUUACUAUCGGCUAGAGGCAGGGAUGGGCUUUGAUAAGGGUACAGUACCUGGCCAGAGUGUAGUCUCCCCGGAAAUGGACUAUAAGUAUUGCAAGAGACUCAGUGAAUGCAAUAUGGAUUCAUGAGUGCGUAUCAAAGCGUCACCGAUCAUGGCGCCGAGUGUUCGCCAAUCCAUACGCCAACUCCUGGUCUUCAGCCUUUGUCAAACGGGUUGGGCCGGUGUGGCGCAUAUGCAAACUGACCUGGUACGCUUUCGAGUCCCAGGUGUGACCGCCGGCUCUCUUCACAACGUCCACUUAGAGUUUCCCUACCCGGAUUUCCAAGGUGACAUUAAACUCGUCUAUGGUGAGUGCGGAAUCACCAGCUCCACAAAACACCAUCAUGAGAUCGGACGCAUGUUUGUCAAGCGCAAUGCCCUUCCGGAGCGCUUCGUUUGGGCAACUCCGUCGGAUGCUCCUCAUCUGCACUGCCUCCACGCCUUUUCGGAAUCAAGCCUUGUAGGGAGGUCUCCUCCUAUCUCUGUAACUACACCAGUCGUCCGGCGAGAGAGUAUUGCGGACGUGGCCGAUGCGAUGGGGCCAUGGUUUGACGGGAUUGCAUAUAUGCAAGGGAAGGAACCUGGGAAGGCAGUGGUAGCACAAGCUAAGGAAGCGGCUGUGGCAAUUAUUGGAGGAGGUAUGUCUGGAUUGAUGACGAGCCUGCUGCUGGAAUCGGUCGGCAUACAUAAUUGGCACAUUAUCGAAUCUUCCCGGAGAAUUGGCGGCCGCAUUCGUACCAAGUAUCUCAACCACACUCGCCCAGACCAGUAUCAAUACCAGGAGAUGGGGCCGAUGCGAUUUCCCGUGAGCAUCACUUAUGCAGACACGAACGAGACCCUCGAAAUUCAAGAUCAUAAAAUGGUCUUUCAGCUAAGCGACACGCUCAAUCAGAUGAAUGUGGAUCACCCAGACCUAGCUGUCAAUUUCAUUCCAUUCGUUCAAAAAAGCCCCAAUGUUCCGGCUAGCGCUGGCGGUUAUCGUCUGCCGAGUGGUCGUAUUCCUACCGCUAGUGAGGUUGCGGCCAACCCCUCACUCGUGUAUACGGCAGCCUCUCCCAAUGCAACAGCUGCCGCAGACGCAGCUCAAGCAUACCAGGUCUAUACCACCGCAAACAAAAUUAGCCGAGAGAUCGUCACGAACUUGUACCAAGCUCACAAGUCUGCGGUUGAAAGCGGAUACUUUCACUGGUCAGAAGCCGGGUACUUGCGAUAUGCUCUUGGGUACAAUGACAAUAUCACCGAUUACGUUGGUGGGACCGAUGAAACCCCCAUGUGGGACGCUCUAUAUGAGGGUGCAUACUUCAGUGCAACAGAGUGGCGGACGAUUGAUAAGGGGUUGGAGUCUCUUCCUCGUGCCUUCUGGCCCCACGUCGCGAACAAGACUACUUUGGACCGCAAGGUCGAGGGGCUGUCCUUUAAUACAACAUCUGGUAAAAUAGCUGUCAAUUGGCGCGACAACCCCACGCAGCUCCAACCGGAGAGCCAAGAAUAUGACUAUGCGGUCGUUGCGGCGCCAUUCAGCAAAGUCCGCCUAUGGGAUUUGCCUCGCUAUUCGUCUCUCCUCAGUCGAGCUAUAUCCCGGAUGAAUUACGAGCAAUCUUGCAAGAUGUCCCUGCAUUUUAAGACAAGGUUCUGGGAACACCAGGAAAAUCCGAUCUUUGGAGGGUGCGGAUCCGUGGACUUGCCAGGCAUCGGAUCUGUCUGUUAUCCAUCAUUUAACAUCAACGGCACUGGCCCGGGAGUUGUUCUGGCAUCGUACAUUAGCGGCACCCCGGCACGGUCCAUAGCUGCAUUGAGUGCAGAAGAUCACGUUGCUCUUGUGCUGCGCUCCAUGGUGCAAAUCCAUGGCUCCAUUGCGACCGAACAAUACACGGGAAUUUAUGAUCGGCAAUGCUGGGAGGUUGAUGAGCACCAGGCCGGGGCUUGGGCGGCUCCAGCGGUCGGACAACAGGAGUUGUAUCUUCCGGCGUAUUACCAAACCGAGUUUAAAACCAUCUUCAUUGGGGAACAUACGAGUUACACUCAUGCCUGGAUCUUCUCCGCCUUGGACUCAGCCGUUCGUGGAACGACGCAGCUCUUGUUAGAUCUUGGAUUGGUGGAUGAGGCCAAAGAAAUUGUAAACACUUGGAUGGGCCGGUGGAUCAAGGUUUAG